AUGGCACGAAAUGAAGAAGGUUCUGAUUACAUAUUUUUAUUAAUUGUUGCCAUUUUUAUGGUUGCUACAGGAAGUUUAAAUACACUUUCUGCAAAAUGGGUAGAUCAAUUAGCUUUUGAUCAUCCAGUUUUUCAAACAAUUUGUAUGUUUUUUGGCGAAUUUUGCUGUCUGAUUGUUUAUUUAAUUAUGCAUUUUAUUCGAAAACGGCAAUGGAAAAUGAGAAAGUUUAUUUUUAUUUUUUGACGAAAAUUAGUAGGAAAUUUGGACUUUUAAAUUGUUUAUCCUCCCCCCUUCUCUGUCCUCUUCAAAAAUUAAAAAUACCAAAACUAUCUAGUUGUUAUUCGUUACACCCAUUCAAUUUUGACAACAGAAAUACAGACCACCCCGAUACUACUACUAAUAGGGAGG